GGGACGCCGCGGCUCCGCCUCCCCCCCAUCCGCAUCCCGGGCGCGAUGAGAGGGGGAGAUGGACCCGAGCCGGCGGGACUGGCACCAUGACAUUCGCCGGCUUCGUGGUGGCGCUGGUGAUAGGGACGAUCCCCGAAGCCCGCGGGCUGGGGCAGGUCUCCGCCAGCCUCCCGGACGCCCGCCCCCCACAGACGCCCGCCCCGGCCCAGCCGCCCCCCGCCGGCUGCUCCAACGGGGGCUUCGCGGUGGCCCAGCGCCCCUGGCCACCGGCAGUGCCCGGCCUCCCGCGGCGGGGCACGGCGGGCCAGGAGCCGCGGGGCCGACGCAGCUCCUGCGCCCUACCCGGCGGCGGCAGCAGCGGGCGGCCCGGGUGCGUUCCCGGGGGUGGCCGGAGCCCGGCGGAGCGGGGCCGCUCUGACUGCGAGAGAGGAUCAGUACGACUCCAGAGUGGUAAAAAUGAGUUUGAAGGUGCAGUGGAGGUUUAUUUGAAUGGAAUCUGGGGAACAAUCUGUGCAAGCCACUGGGACAAUAACGACGCAACGGUCGUAUGUCGCCAGCUUGCCCUUGGUGAAAAAGGUACAGCAAAACACAUACCAUUUUCUGGACUGGGCCUUAUUCCUGUUUACUGGAGUGAAGUGCGUUGUCGUGGUGAUGAGGAAAAUAUACUGCUGUGUGAAAAAGACAUCUGGCAGGAUGGAACAUGUCCUCAAAAAAUGGCAGCUGCUGUCACAUGUAGCUCUUCCCUGGCCCCUGUCUUUACUCCGAUCCGGCUGGCUGGUGGGACCAACACUCACGAAGGAAGAGUAGAAGUCUACCAUGCUGGCCAGUGGGGGACUGUCUGUGAUGAUCAGUGGGAUGACGCAGAUGCUGAAGUUGUCUGUCGGCAGCUUGGCCUUGGGGGUGUUGCCAAGGCAUGGAGUCAGGCUUACUUUGGAGAAGGCUCAGGCCCCGUGCUGCUGGAUGAAGUGCAGUGCACAGGAAAUGAGCUCUCGAUAGAGCAGUGUCCAAAAAGCUCCUGGCAAGAACACAACUGUGGCCACAAAGAAGAUGCUGGUGUUUCCUGCACACCUCUCACAGAUGGUGCAUUAAGACUAGUGAGUGGGAAAGGCAGUCAUGAGGGACGCCUGGAGGUCUACUACUCUGGCCAGUGGGGUACAGUCUGCGAUGAUGGGUGGACAGAGCUGAAUAUACAGGUGGUUUGCCAGCAGCUGGGAUUUAAGUAUGGAAAAACUGCACCGGAGAGUCUCUCAGAAGGAGGCUCUGGGCCCAUCUGGUUGGAUGAUGUCAGCUGCUCAGGGAAGGAAACGAACCUUCUACAGUGCUCGAGGAAAGAGUGGGGAAAGCAUGACUGCACCCAUCAGGAGGAUGUCAGACUCAUUUGCCAUCCAGAUAAUGACAGCCAUAGACUCUCACUUGGUCCUCCCAUCAGGCUGAUGGAUGGUGAGAAUAAGAAGGAAGGACGUGUAGAGAUUUUUAUCAAUGGCCAAUGGGGCACAAUUUGUGAUGAUGGAUGGUCUGAUAAGGAUGCAGCUGUAGUCUGUCGACAGCUUGGCUACAAAGGUCCGGCUAGAGCAAGGACAAUGGCGUAUUUUGGGGAGGGCAAAGGCCCCAUCCAUGUGGAUAACGUGAAAUGUACAGGAAGUGAGAGAUCCUUGGCUGACUGCAUUAAGCAGGACAUUGGGAUGCACAACUGCCGGCACAGUGAGGACGCAGGGGUCAUCUGCGACCACCUAAGCAAGAAGGCCCUGGGGAACAGCAAUAAAGAUUCUCUUGCAUCUGUUUGUGGAUUGAGGUUACUCCAUCGUCGACAAAAGCGAAUAAUUGGAGGGAAAAAUUCCUUACGGGGUGGCUGGCCAUGGCAGGUUGCACUCCGACUGAAGUCUUCUCAUGGUGAUGGAAGACUCUUGUGUGGUGCUACUCUCAUCAGCAGCUGCUGGGUCCUCACUGCUGCACAUUGUUUUAAACGGUAUGGCAACAACACUCGGAACUAUGCUGUGCGAGUUGGAGACUACCACACACUGGUACCAGAAGAAUAUGAGGAAGAAAUUGGAGUCCAACAGAUUGUGAUGCAUAAAGAGUAUAGGCCUGACAGCACUGACUAUGAUAUUGCACUGGUGAGGCUCCAGGGGCCAGAGGAACAGUGUGCCAGGUUCAGUACCCAUGUCUUACCUGCUUGUUUGCCAUUAAGGAGAGAAAGACCACAGAAAACUGCUCCCAACUGCUAUAUCACUGGAUGGGGUGACACAGGAAGGGCUUAUUCAAGAACACUACAACAGGCUGCCAUUCCCUUACUUCCCAAGAGGAUAUGUGAAGAGCGUUACAAAAGAAGAUUCACAGGAAGAAUGCUCUGUGCUGGAAACAUCCAGGAACAGAAACGUGUUGAUAGCUGUCAAGGAGACAGUGGUGGACCACUGAUGUGUGAACGGCCAGGGGAAAGCUGGGUUGUAUAUGGUGUGACCUCCUGGGGCUAUGGCUGUGGCGUGAAAGAUUCUCCAGGUGUCUAUACGAAAGUAUCCUCUUUUGUACCCUGGAUAAAAAGUGUGACCAAACUAUGAACAUCCAUGGCGAAACCCAAACUUUGUCAGGAAAGUUUGAGUCAGGACAACUUGAUCAGCACAGACAGUGCACAGCUGGGGCCCACAGUGGGUGGAAACACACACUUUCCUGAUUCCUGUGUUUUUCUUUUUGUUAAACCAAGCUGUAUACACACAACCUUUCCAGUUAAGGAUUACUAUCCAGAUAAAAUCUCUCUGCAUUAAGGAAGUUUAUGUACAAGUUAUCAUGCAUCUAAGAUAAGAGGAAAAGUGAUAGCCAGCUUAGAGUAACAUUGGAACAGGACAGCUGGAGAGCUCACUGUCAGAUUCACUGCCCACAGGAAGGCUGUAGUAGCUCCAAGCUAUUUCUGUUCUGAGCUUCUCUAGAAUUACAGAUCUCAAAAUUAAUCUUCAGUAUAGUUAAUCAGUUCCUGACUGUUGUCUUACUCCUCUGAUCUCACACUCAGCCCUCUAUUUUUGACCUGUUUCACUGACUAAUGAGAUCAUUUGUAGUAAGCAAUUCCAAGUAUGUAUUAAAUGUUAAGACAGAAAAUAAUUGUCAAUAAUCAGCUUCCCAGUGAUUCUGAUAAAUGUUCUCAAAGCUUAGUGGGCAGAAAGUACAUUCCCAAGUAAAAACAGCUAGCACAGUAGUUAGGUUCCCCAUAAAACUGCUGCACAGCUGGAAGAGCUAGAUCAGAGCUCUUAUUUAAUUUCCUCUAAAUAAGUAUUUGUCUUCUUUCUGAAAUUCAGAUCUUUUAGUACCUACAACAUUUUGAAGAGAACUUACUUUUCUUAUUUCCCACGAGCUGUCAGUACAGCAUCAGACUAACAAACAUACCAAUCUCGUUGCGGAUUUUGGAGGGCUUUAUUCAAGUAACACUAAGAGCCUCUGUCAAUCCUAUAGGAGAGUUUUAAGUACGUACACUGCAAAUACUGGAGAUGCUGAGCCAAAACCUGUCUACAAAGGUCUAUAAAGUCUUAAACUGGUUCAGACUGGUCUUACAGGAAAGGUGACAGAUAGUUUUCAGUGACUUCUGAGGUAUUGACACAUCUUGAUUCCAUUUAAUUCCUUUAGAGAUACUGUUCCCCACACUAUGGAAACCCUACUGGUUUAUUAUAGAACUGCACUAAUAAGCAGUUACUCUUGGUGUACAGGACAAAUAUAAGCCAAUUUAUUAUACUUUUAUAAAGGGCCACACCACUGAACUUAGCACACAGAACACAAAGAGUAAUCACCUUCCUAGUGCAGUACUAACAGCUAUCAUGCUUGAAAGUAUCUGGAACUAUCUGCAGUCAAGAGGGAGACCACAAAGUUCAGUGAUACUUCUACCUUCCCCGUCCAAGGUCAUUCUGCCUGCAAGUGUGUUCUAGUUGCAUGAACAAACAUGCUUCUUACAAAGAUGAAACAAAAGCUCUGUGGGCCGUGAAACACUCCAUGUGGCAAGUGUGGCAGACGUGGCACCUCAGAGCAACUAAGCAAACUGUGACCACCAGUGACUGUUUCCUUAUCCCCAGAUACCCUGGCUGUGACAGUGUUCUGUGGCCUUUUGUGAACAGUGGGAUGCAUGUAUUCCUGUUGUGAGCAGUCAGUCAUUCAUUUCUGUGUGGUUCUGUGUCUCUCUGGUGGUGUAACAGAGGCAAGACAGCUCCAUUGGCAUACAGAAGUGGUGAUGGUAUUACACAGAGCACACACAAUUGAAGACUUGGCCCUUCAUUUCUUUCCAACCUCAAAUUAAGUUUUCACGGGUCAUGACUAGUUAAUACUUGUUGGAACUGGUGCUAAACAAGUACUUGUGGUGCUUUAAUAUAUUUUCAUUCACCAUUUGAAAUAGCGUGAAAUACUUUAAAACAUGUCAAAAAAUCAUAGUACUGUGACUACCUAGUGUUAGAUCUAUGUGACACACUUUGCUAGUGAACUUUAAAACCAUUUUUGUUUUUACUCCAACAUAACCCUUUGAAUUAAAGUGUUAAGUAAACCUGUCAAAAUGUAUCUGUGUACCAUCAAGACCCAUGAUUUUGACUUGUGGCAAGUAGACUAUAUAGUGCAAUACAUCUAUUGUGUACAGGGGAAAUCAUGUUUAGAAACCGCACCACAGAAACAGGCUGGGGGUGGUGGUGUGGGUGGAAAUCAGGUCUGCAUACUAAAUGCAGUACUAGUGCAGUAGCUCAUUAGUUUAAUAGGAUGCUUUCUUAGAUUUUAAAAUGUUGCACUAUGUGUUUAAGCAGAGAGCAUGCCUUUUCAGUUUCAAACACAGAAUGUUGUCUUUAUGUUACACCAUUCUGAUUUUUGUUCAAUGAGCCUGAUGAUGUAAAAGUACCUAAUAAAA